AUGAUUGUUCUCGUCGUGUACGUAGCACUCGUCGCUUUGGGCGCGCACGCGUCCGGAAAAGGUUCGUUCGCGAUCGCCGUUAAGAGAAAACCAAGGGCUACCGCGGGGGCGGGGCGGCGUCUGUUGUCCAAAGCGGACGCGAUCCCGCUCCACUCGUACGGUGCGGACCUCAUAGGUUUGUACUCAUCGGGCCACGAGUUCUUCUUGACGGUGGAGCUUGCGGGCAAGCAAAAGUUUGACCUUGAAGUGGACACCGGGAGUCCGCUGACUUACUUCCCGUGUAAGGGAUGUCCACUUGAAGUGUGUGGGAUUCACGAACAUCCAUACUACGAUUACGACAUGUCUAAGACAUUUCGAAAACUCAACUGUACAACAAGCACUGAGGAUGCGGCGUACUGCAAUGCGCAACCGAAUGUCCUUCUGUGUGAUACAAACAUAUCGUACACAAACACAUGUUUGUUUGGAAUCGGCUACGUGGAUGGAUCAGUGGGCCGUGGAUACAUGGCGGAGGAUACGUUUACACUGGGUGAUGAGUUGGCUCCUGCGAAGAUCACUUUCGGCUGCGGUGGCAUGUAUUACCCCGAUGGGAGCAAUCUCCGCCAAGAUGGUAUGGCUGGGUUCAGUCGGGGCAACACUGCAUUUCACACACAGUUGGCAAAGGCGGGUGUCAUCGACGCGCACGUAUUCGGAUUCUGUAGCGAAGGUAUGGAAACAUCGACCGCGAUGCUUACACUGGGUCGUUACAACUUUGGAAGGCGCGUCCCGGAGCUUGCGUGGACUCGCAUGCUCGGGGAAGACGACUUAGCCGUUCGCACGAUGUCUUGGAAACUUGGUGACAAAACGAUCGCUAGCUCAUCGAACGUGUACACAGUUCUCGACAGUGGAACGACGCUGACAGUGUUACCGAGCGCAAUGCACCACGAUUUCAUGACACAUCUCAAUGAAACGGCGCGCAGUGCCGGCCUAAGUGUGGUUGUGAGAGGAACACAUUGCUUUUACGAGAACCAAAGGCAAUCGUCACUGACUCAGUACACACUCACGCGAUGGUUCCCAAGUCUUACAAUCACGUACGAUCCGGACGUCACUCUGGUCCUACGUCCCGAGAAUUACUUGUUUGCAGACACUGUCAACUUGCAUGCGUUUUGUGCAGGGAUAAUGUCGGCGAGCGAUGCUGCACUAGCAAAUGGUGAACAGAUCAUACUGGGUCAGCAAACGCUGAGAAACACGUUUGUCGAGUAUGACCUCGAGAAUUCCCGUGUGGGUAUGGCGACCGUGCAAUGCGAAAAGCUCCGUGAAAAGUUUGCGCCUGAUACUCCUCAUAAUCCAUGGAAGUUUGUCGCCACAGUGUUCAUUUUGCUGUUCACGGCGUGUGUCAUUGGCGGUGUAUCGCUCUGUUUGUACGUCAAGUUUUGGUCACGAAAGCCGUUCAAGUACCAAGUGUUUGCCGAUGAAACACUUGACAAAGAAAUAGAAAUGGGUGAUUUGGCUGACACAUAG